UUUACCGUUGCGGCCCCCUCAUUGUGGGAAGCGGAAAUACCUGCAGGAGAGGGUGAAACUAGAGUGUGGCGACGGCUUCAUUCGGGGGAUAUAAGAGCCCUGUGCAGUGUUUUUUUCAUGUAGAGAACCGGUGGGAUAUGAUAGAUGAGCGUCUCAAGCGGAUAACAAUAACGGUGUUUUAUUUUGACUUUUCCUGGACGCUUUGGAAUCCAUCUCUAGAUUCACCAGAACGCAGCACACCGCGACGUUUACGGUCCACAUCACAUCAUGGCCCUGGCUACAUCUUUCAAGCUCCUCUCGGGAUACGAGAUUCCCGCAGUUGGUCUGGGUACUUGGCAAUCCAAGCCCAACGAGGUCAAGAACGCCGUCGAGCAUGCUCUGAGGUCGGGGUACCGCCACAUUGACGCCGCGGCCAUCUAUGACAAUGAGAAGGAGGUCGGCGAGGGCGUCAAGGCAUCUGGCGUCCCGAGAAAGGACAUUUUUAUCACCGGCAAGCUUUGGAACACCCACCACAAGCCCGAGGACGUCGAGAUCGCGUUGGAUAUCACUCUCAAGGACCUGCAGACGGACUACGUCGACCUAUACCUGAUCCACUGGCCCGUGUCGUUCAAAAAGAAGGACGAUACCACCCGCUUCCCCCUUCACCCCGAGACGGAGGCCGUCGACGUCAUUGACGUCCCCAUCGCCGAGACGUGGAAGGCCAUGGAGGCGCUCGUCAAGAAGGGCAAGAUUCGCACCAUCGGCGUCUCCAACUUCACCCGCGAGAAGAUCGAGGACCUGUGGAAGACGGCCGAGAUCAGGCCGGCGGUGAACCAGAUCGAGGCCCACCCGUACCUGCAGCAGCCCGACCUGUUGGCCUGGUGCAAGGAGCAGGGCAUCGUUGUCGAGGCGUACAGCCCCCUUGCUAACAACAUUUACAACCUUCCUCGUGCCGUUGACGACCCCACGAUCGCCGAGCUCGCAAAGUCUCUGGGCAAGGAGCCGGCCCAGGUUCUCAUCAGCUGGUCCAUUCAGAGGGGCACCGUCGUGCUCCCCAAGUCCGUGACCCCUUCUAGAAUCGACAAGAACUUUGAGGUAUUCGAGCUCCCCGAGGAUGUCUUGGAGAAGAUCAACGCUCUGAACAGGAACCACCGCUACAACUUCCCGGCCCGUCUCGGCGUGGACAUCUUUGGCGAGUCGGACCCGGAGACGCUGAAGAAGGCGAAAGAGGCGUGGGUCGCAGAGCAGAAGAAGAUCAGGGCGGGCCAGGCAUAGACUCGGGAGUUACUACAAAGUACAAUGCAGACAUGCACAUACACAGGCGGCCUUUGAUAGAACCGGGAAUAGACAUGGGACUUGGUGGGCAACCGACGAGACCAGCGAAAGCCACAUAGCCGACGGCUAUCGUCGGGCUCCUUUUUCCGUGCAUGCUUUUCCUCGCCGGGCGGAAAACCACGCACCAAGACCCCUCCCCCCGCAUCGUCAC